AUAAUAAAAAGCGCCUCUUCUUUGUGGGGUCAACAGGAUCCACAGACACCCCCACUUCUCAAUUUCUUCAAACCCUAGACUUUCUCUCCCCACUCCCCCACCCUGUUUCAUCUGCUUGAUCUCAACCCUCUAAAACCCUAACCCAAUGGGCUCCGACAUAGUCCUCCAGUACUCCGGCCAAGAUCCCAACUCCGGGCCUAUCGCCGCCGCCUCCGCCACCAAAACCCAAGUCGCCGUACCGCGCACCAGAGACCGGCACACCAAGGUGAACGGCCGAGGCCGCCGGAUCCGCAUGCCAGCCCUCUGCGCGGCUCGCAUAUUCCAGCUCACGCGCGAACUGGGUCACCGGUCGGACGGCGAGACCAUCGAGUGGCUGCUCCGAAUGGCGGAGCCCUCUAUCAUCGCCGCCACGGGAUCGGGGACCAUCCCUGCAGCCGCGUCCACCUCCUCCCCCGCACUUGCUUCCUCUUCUCACUCCGUUUCGUGCCGGAUUCAGCCCGUAUCGGCUGUGAGCGGCGGACAAGGGAUGUUCGCGGUGGCUCCGCAUCCGCCUAGUUGUCGGCUGGAUUUGUGUCAGCCGAUGGGGAUGGAGUACGCGGCGAGUAAUGGGUACCGGCACAUGCCGUUCACGGCCCUGUUGUUGCAGCCGACGUCGACGGAGGAGGCGGAGGAGAGUCGGCAGGAGGAGUUGCUGAGGGAGCAGUAGAAUGUGUAAUGUAUAUGGGGUGGGUGUAUGUGCAUGUGUAUGGAAUGGACAUUCAGAGAGAAUUAGGGAGGUUUUUUUUUCAGGUGUUUGUGUUAGCGAUUCUUCCUUCUCUUCUCUUUCUUUGUUUUGGGUAAUGCUGUAUGCCAAUGAGACAGACAAUUUGAGAGUGAAAGAUGUAAAUUACAAGGUAUGAUGAAAUGGAAAUAUGCUACUUCUGUUCCC